AGUCUGCAUAGUAUGGGCGAGCUGCAGGAAGAGGUGACCAAGCUGCAGCAGCUGCUGGCUAAUGCCCAUGCCACGGCCGAGGCCAGCGCGUCGGUGUACGAGGCCAAGAUCAAGGAGCUGAAGGCGGAGAUUGAUGAGUAUGAGGAGCAAGAGAUAGAAAUGGCUGACACCGUCGAGGCCUUUCAGGCAAAGGCUCUGCGCUUGCAGAAGGAGAACAAGGAGCUGAUGGCAAAGGUGGCCGCUCUCGAGGCCGAGGCAAAGUCAGCGGCGGAUGCCGAGAUUGCGCAACAGGCUCUGCGGGCAGCGGAAUCAGAGGCUCGGACGGCCACCAACGAGCGCGAUGAGGCUCUGGCAGAGGCCGACGAACUUCGUGAUGAGGUUACCAAGCUCAAGGAUGAGCUGGCCGCCGCCAAGGCUGCCGCGGCAGAUGCCGACGAGCCCGAUGCCGCGCCUGUCGACGACGCUGCGCUCGACGAGCUCCGCACCGAGCUCGACGAGGUCCGUGCAGACCUGGAGGCCGCCGAGGAGGCCCGUGACUCGCUGCAGGAGGAGCGCGAUCACCUGGCCUCCGAGCUCGCCACAACCGAGCAGAACCUCAUCCAGCUCAAGAUGGACCAUGCCCAGCACGAGUUUGAGAAGGAGGAUGCUCUCGUCCGCGCCGCCGAGGCCGAGCGCAAGUACAAGGAGCUCAAGAAGAAGAAUAAGGAGCUGCGCAAGGCUGCCAAACAGUAGCUUCACAUCUGCUUCCCCAAACCCGGCUCGAUGCGCCGAACUCGGCCCGAACACGCUCAAUGAACACUCAGCACCUG